AUGAAGCUCCACGCUCUUCUCCUCCUGGCACUUAGCCUGAGUGCUUCUAUUGCGGCCAUUCCACACGAUCCAUCCAAUUCGGCUAAUCUCCAGCCACAAUACCAUAGACCCACCACAACCACAACCAAGACAAGUCACACCACCAAGAUCAACAAGCCCACGGGAAGACCUUGUGCAGGCAACACAGCCCGAACACGGUCCAAAUGGUGCCAAUACGAUGUCAACACCGACUACACCCAGAUAGUGCCAAACACAGGCGUAACACGGGAGUACUGGCUCAACCUCGAAGAGCUCGUAGCGGCACCAGAUGGAUUCAGCCGGCCAGUAAUGGCCGUGAACGGGACAAUCCCGGGCCCAACUAUCUUCGCUGACUGGGGCGACUGGGUCGUGAUCCAUGUUACAAACAGCCUUUACAAGGCCCAGAAUGGAACGAGCAUCCACUGGCACGGAAUCAGACAAAGCCACACAAACGGCAAUGACGGCGUGGUCUCUAUCACGCAAUGUCCCACUGCCCCCGGCUCAACCAUAACCUAUAAAUGGCGGGCCGAGCAGUAUGGUUCGUCGUGGUACCAUUCGCACAUUGGACUGCAAGCUUGGGAGGGUGUAUUUGGCGGGAUUGUGAUUAAUGGUCCUGCCACAGCGAACUACGAGGUGGAUAAGGGAAGUCUGUUCCUAACGGACUGGUCGCAUCCAACCGUUGAUGAGCUAUACUUGGAGGCUCAGACGGUUGGACCGCCAACUUUGGAUACUGGGUUGAUUAACGGGACGAAUGUCUUUGGGAAUGGGACCAAUUCUACGGGCACGCGGUUCCAGAUGAAGGUUAAUCAGGGGUCUUCGUAUCGACUGAGGAUUGUUAAUUCGGCUGUUGAUACGCACUGGAAGUUCAUGAUUGAUAAUCAUACGCUUACUGUUAUUUCGGCGGACUUUGUGCCGAUCAGGCCAUUUACAGCGGAUUAUAUCAAUAUCGGAAUGGUAACAGCGAACCAACGCCAAAUCGCCGAUUCAUUCUGGAUCCGUGCAAUUCCCCAAGAAGCGUGCUCCGAAAAUGCAAAUCCAGACAACAUAAGAGGAAUCCUGUACUACGGAAACCGUCCGCGCACACCCAAAACAAACUCCUUCACCUUCCCCGACGAAUGCGUCGACGAGCUGGCCUCCAGCCUAGUCCCCCAAGUUCCCAAAACCGUCUCAGCAGCAGACUGGAACAACCUAACGGACGUAACACUGGGACGCAACAGCGCGAACCUCUUCCGCUGGUAUCUGAACAGCACGACGAUGCAAGUCCUUUGGGAAGACCCAACCUUGCUCCAGCUCUUCAACAACGAAAACACACCCAACUUCACCGCAUCGAGUGGCGUGAUUGAACUGCCACGCGCCCACGAAUGGGUGUAUCUCAUGAUCAACACGAGUUUCCCAGUGGCGCAUCCUAUUCAUUUACAUGGCCAUGAUUUCUUUGUUUUGGCACAGGGGUUUAAUCCCUGGAAUGGGAGUGUUUCGACAAAUAACCCGCCAAGGAGGGAUACAGCAAUGUUGAACGGGAAUGGGUUUUUGCUUAUUGCGUUUGAGACGGACAAUCCCGGGGCGUGGCUUAUGCACUGUCAUAUUGGGUGGCAUACGGAUGAGGGUUUUGCGUUGCAGUUUUUGGAGAGGGAGAGUGAGAUUGAGCCGUUGAUUGAUCGGAAGGCUCUAGGGGAUAAUUGUGAUUCUUGGAAUGCGUAUGAUACGGCGUUUAAUAUUGAGCAGGAGGAUUCGGGGGUUUAG